AUGGCAGCGAUGAUGUUCUGCCGUGGGUUUGACGACCUUUUACCAAACAGCGACACAACCGCAGUGAAAUUUUUCAACGUGGACGAGCGAUUUGUAUAUGAGAGCUUCUUUCAUGACUUCGGACCGAUCAACAUCUCGCAGCUUUACAGAUACUGUCAAUUGAUCCGCACGAAACUAUCUUCACUCGAGGGAGGAAAAAACUGCAUCGUUCAUUGCACUUCGAUCGACCCGAAAGUUUGCACAAAUGCUGCAUGGCUAGCAGGUCUGUCUUCCAUUGGCUGUGGAUGGUUUCACCCCGGAGCAAGCGCACUCUUUGUUCUUGUACCUCUCUCCUCCUUCCUCCGCUGGUUUGCAUCUGACGUUUUUUGUGUGCUGAAGCAAAGUAUUGGAGAGACAGUGAGCAACUUUGGUGUCUCGUUGCUAGAUUGCUUCAAAGCCAUUCACCUGGCUAGGAAGGAAUUAUUCUUUGACUUUUCCAAUUUCGAUCCUGAAGAGUAUGAGUUCUUUGAGAAGGUUGAGAAUGGAGAUUUCAACGUCAUCACUCCAAAGUUUAUCGCAUUCAGCAACCCAACUGCUGUUCGGACCGAGAUCUGUCCGGGGGUUUUCUCCAAGGUGAGCGGAAAACAGCGAUAA